ACACACACACACACAGAGCCACAUGGUGUAUGAAGAACAGGCAGUGCCUCUAAAAGAUACACAGCUGAUAAAGUGGCUCCUGCACACUGCUGAGCUCAGUGGACAGAAGGACAGAAGGACAGAAGGACAGUGCAGUGUAAAUGGACAGAGCUGCAUAAAGAGAACAACUGGACAUCAGGACACUUCAGACCAGGCCUUUCAGCAAUGACUGACCACAUGCAGGAGCUGGACGAGCUGUGCUAUCUCACGGCCCAGUCCAUGACAUCAAUGGUGACCUCAGAGCACUUCAAAGUGGUGAAGAAGUUGGGGGAGGGGUCAUACGGCAAGGUCAUGCUGGCCGUGCACAAACGGAGAGGAACCCCCAUGGCCCUGAAGUUCUUCCCCCGCCGCUCCACCACCCUGCUGGCGUUCCUGCGCGAGUACAACCUCUCCCUCUCGUUCUGCACCCAUCCCUCGCUCACUCGCGCUCUGGGGAUCUUCUUCUCCACACCCUCUCACUACAUCUUCGCCCAGCAGGCAGCGCUCUACGGAGACCUGUACGAUGUCAUCGUAUCGGAGGUGGGCGUGACUGAGGAACAGGCUCAGUGUGUGAUGUCACAGUUGAGUGGCGCCGUGUCGCACCUGCACUCUCUGGGCUUCGUGCAUCGGGACAUCAAACCCGAGAACGUCUUCCUGUACGGCCGCAGCUGCCGCUGGGUGAAGCUGGGGGAUUUCGGGCUGGUGCGGGCGAGGGGGGCUCAGGUGCGCCCCGUCUGGUACAACUCGCCGUUCUGCGUACCUGAGGUGGAGCAGGCCAAGCACAGGAAGAAGGAGGAGGAAGAGGAGGAGGAGACAUGGAUGUCAGUGGAGCCCAGUUUGGACAGCUGGGCUCUGGGGAUCCUGGCCUACUGCCUGCUGACGGGCUGCUUCCCCUGGGAGGAGAGCACCUCAGACGACCCCGGCUACUGCAGGUUCAGAGACUGGUAUAACUGCAUGAAGGAGAAGGAGGAGAGGGAGGCGGGACAGAACGGAUGGAGCCACGCCAACAUAGAGGACGGGAGGGUGGAGGAGGUGCCCGUGCCGUCGCAGUUCGAGACACUGAGCUCGCUGGCCCUCACGCUGCUCAGGAAGCUCCUGAACCCGCUGCCGUGGCUCCGGGCUGGGCCGGAGGAGGUGCUCUCGUACCUGGGUGGACCCUGGCUGCUGGAGACGGAGAGGGCGGAGCUAAAGAAAGAGAAGGAGGCGCGGGAGGAAGCCAGGAAAAUACGAGAGGGAGGAGGAGUGGAGGAGAACAGAGAGAGGGAGGGAACGAGGGAGAGAUAAAAGGAGGAGGAGCUCCUCCUUUUAAUAGCAUUACCAAAUUAUAUAUUGUGCAGCCCUAAGUGUAACAGGGUGGUAGGGUUCAGGGUGGGGUUGUAUAAAGAGGUAAAAGGGGAAUAAUAAAAAGCGAAGAAAAUGUGGAAAAAAAAACCCUUUAUUUUGUAUUAAAAGAGUGUUUAUAUAUUUUGUAAUACAACAUGUACAUGUGAUUUUAUAAUGCAAUACUGUAUUGUUUUACUUUGUAAAAUGUAAAGUGUGUGUGUAAAUGUGUGUGUGUGUGUGUUUAUGUAUUGUGACAUUUGUAGGUAUGUGUACUGUUUAAUGUAUAAUUUAGAUGAAUACAUUUCUUUAUCUUUUUUUUUCAAAUUGUUGAGUGUAAUUUCAUUUAAUUUUAUCUUUAAAGGAUUAUUUAUUAUUGAAUUCUAUUGUUUGUUUUGUUUUGUUUUUUUACAGGAGAAGGUGAAAUUUUGUUCAUACUUAUACAGUGUGUUUUUAAAUAUUAGGGCUUUUUUUUAACAAUUCUUCCAAUGAAGUAUGGAGCUAUUUUGAGCUUGUGUAAAAUAGUGACUUCUUUGCAUGGGCACCUCUAUGCCCCUAUCACUAGCAUUGUAAACCUGUUGGGAGCAUCGGCUAAAAGCGCUGUAUUUUGGAAUACUAGGGGUAAAAGGAGAAUGGAGGUGGACCAUUAGAUAAAAGUUCUACAAAAUAUUUACUUUUUACUCAUUAUCAGGUUUAACUACACCCAUUUCACCCCAGAUUUCUCCUUUAAAAAUCAUUUGAACUAGCUGCACAUGGUGUAAAUAAUUCUAGAUAAAAUAACCACUAGAAAUGCCCUAAAGUUAUUUUUUUUUUCUUGUAAAGUUAUUUUGGAAAUACAUUGUGUUUUCGACUGAAAAGCGACAGUUUGUAUUUGCUAAAGUUGUAUUCACUCAUUUCCUGUACACGUACAUGUGUUAUUUGAAGGAUUUUAUAUUGCACACUGUAUCAUAAUAAUACUGAAUCCAUUUUUUUGUUGUUGCACUUUGUCACUACAGUAUAUAAGCUUAUUAUCUUUUUUUUUUACUUUUAUUUUUUUGUGUGGAAUCACUGUAGCAUAUCCUGUGUACAGUCUGUAAAAAGGUGAUUAAUUAUCUGAACACUUUUCUCAGUAAAUGCUGUAUUACUGUAGUUUCACUGUCUGUGUUACUGGGUGUAAUAUAUUCUAAUAAACUUAUUCAUUUUUGGCAUAUA